CUAGCAGGAACUGCCUGGUAGGGUCCAUCUCGGAUAGACGCGGAUGAUGCCAGAGCUAUGACAGGGAUUGCAGUCUUGGCACUGAGGGGUGAUCGAUUAUGGAACAACUACAGGAGGAAGUACCUGAGGUCAAGGAAGAGGAAGAGGAAGAGGCAGUGAUGGUGGCAAGCGGAGCCUCGGACCCAAAUGGAGGACCAGACAGCUCGCUGCCUUCAAGCAGCUACACAGACCUUUCGCAGAGCUCCUCUCCCUCCCUGUCGGACCAACUGCAGAUGGGCUGCGAGGAUGAGGCCUUGGGAGCACUAAACGUGGAGUGCAGGGUCUGCGGAGACAAAGCCUCGGGCUUUCACUACGGCGUGCAUGCCUGCGAGGGCUGCAAGGGUUUCUUCCGCCGGACAAUCCGCAUGAAGCUGGAGUACGAGAAGUGUGAGAGGAGCUGCAAGAUUCAGAAGAAGAACCGGAACAAGUGCCAGUACUGCCGCUUCCAGAAAUGCCUCUCGCUGGGCAUGUCACACAACGCAAUCCGCUUCGGUCGCAUGCCGGAGGCAGAGAAGAGGAAGCUGGUGGCGGGGCUGACGGCGAGCGAGAUCAGCUGCCAGAAUCCACAGGUGGCCGACCUGAAAGCUUUCUCCAAGCACAUCUACAACGCCUACCUGAAAAACUUCAACAUGACCAAAAAGAAGGCGCGAGGUAUCUUGACCGGGAAGGCCAGCAGCACCCCACCUUUUGUGAUCCACGACAUGGACACCUUGUGGUCCUCCCGCUGCCAGUGCACCACGGUGGAGACUGUGCGGGAGCUCACGGAGUUCGCCAAGAGCAUCCCCAGCUUUAUGGGCCUCUACUUGAACGACCAAGUGACUCUGCUGAAGUACGGGGUGCACGAGGCCAUCUUUGCCAUGCUGGCCUCUAUCAUGAACAAGGAUGGGCUGUUGGUGGCCAACGGGAACGGCUUCGUGACCCGCGAGGUCCUGCGUAGCCUGCGCAAGCCUUUCAAUGAGAUCAUGGAGCCCAAAUUCGAGUUUGCUGUGAAAUUCAAUGCGCUGGAGCUGGAUGACAGUGACCUGGCUCUGUUUGUGGCUGCCAUUAUCCUGUGCGGAGACCGUCCUGGCCUGAUGAACGUGAAGCAGGUGGAGGAGAUCCAAGACAACAUCCUGCGAGCGCUGGAGUUCCACCUGCAGUCCAACCACCCGGACGCCCAGUACCUCUUCCCCAAGCUGCUGCAGAAGAUGGCUGACCUGCGGCAGCUGGUGACGGAGCACGCGCAGCUGGUGCAGAAGAUCAAGAAGACAGAGACGGAGACAUCUCUGCACCCACUUCUGCAGGAGAUCUACAAGGACAUGUACUAA